AUAACAAGAAGAAAUUCACAAUUACAGAAAAUUGUAUUUCAUUUUUGGCAAAGUGUUGCAAGAUCAUUGAAUAGUAAUAUUUACAAAAGCUUAAACUAAUGAGCUUUGAGUGAAUAUAUUCCCAAAUGUGAGCACUUUUCAAGGCAAUGGCUCUUGCGAAUCUCCAAGCCUUGACGGGUGAAGGAAAUAUUUUUGUGAUCGUGUCGGUUCAGACGGCUUGUGAAUCGGAGUUACAGGGCUCAAGUUAUGACAAUUUAAUCAGCUUCACCGCCAGGUCCAGCCGCCGUCGCCGAGACUCCAGAGCCGCCGUCGCUCGCCUUCCCCAGCCUCGCCGCCUCAUCGCCGACGGAUUGCAGCGCCGCCACGCCGAGCACCGGACAUCGCCUCUACUGCCGGCGUCCUUCCUCGCCGUCGAGCGCAGCGCCGCCGUCGCCAAACGCCGGACGCCGCUGUUUCGCCCUCGCCGGAAUCGAGAGCCGUUGUCGGCCGAGCUUCCAGCUGGUCGCCGAGUUUCCAGCCGGCGUCGCCCUUUGCACAGCGGCCACCCGCCGCCGUCGAGUGCAGCGCCGCCGUCGAUUGCAGCACCGCCAGUCGCUGCUCGCCGCCGUCGAGCUGCCGCUCCGCCACUGUCGCCGGCGUCCGUCACUGUCGCCGCAUUCGGCCGCUGCCCCGAGUUGAUAUCGCCGGCAGAUUAACCUCCACGCCGGAUUGAUUGGUCAAUUUCGUACUUUGACUCAAUUUGACCCGUUCGGUUGAUUUCGUUGAUUUGUCUUCCGUUCGAGCUAUCGAUUCAAUUUCGACGUAAUCCAGGUCCGUACUAUGAAGUUAAUAGCAUUCAGAAUCAAUUUAAUGGUUUGGA